CUAAACGAUUUCCUAUAUGACAACUUUGACUGGGUGUUGGGUGACCAGCAACGCAGGGGGGGGACGCCAGUCAGCUAGGACGACGCAUGGUGCCAUCUGCAAUCCCAUUUGGAUACGACCGUGUUAAGAUGCAAGUGCGUGAUAUGAUGGGCAAUGUGUGGAGCACGCAUUACGUGAACGACAUGUUUUCCUUCCGUCAUUUCGACAGAGAAGCGAUUAUAGACGAAAAGGAGGCGGUGACAUGCCGGCCGCGCGAUGCACGCAUCUUCGACCCGCCAAUUGGCAAUCCUGUCGAGUUGGCCCUGGCUGAAGGAACGGUGUUUGGUGGUGAGAAGAGCAUCACAUAUGUCCACGUAAGGGGAAAAGAAGCCACAUUUGAUGACAUCUGUAUGGACGUAUGGGACCAUGUGGCAAUGCGGAAGGAUGUGGUUGCAACCAGUAACAUUGUGGCCCAUGUGAUUCAAGAAGGGCACUUGUACCAGCAUGUGGGUCGUGACAUGUACGGGUACCAUGUGAAUUGGGUACCUGUUCUUGGUGGUGGUGACACGUGUCUCCGUUUGCAAUCCUCAUGUGAAGGACCGGGGAUUGCUGGAGGAACACGCGCAGCGUUGCUGGGAGAAGAUAAGGGAGGAAGAACGGCAGAUGGUGUGCAUGGGAUAUGACUCCCAUAAUGACCAGGCGAUGUGGUCGAUCGUGGAAGACUCGUACACCGAGCAAGCGCGGCCCUCGAUAGAUGGAAUGUUUCUGGAGGCCGUUCGACGUAGACAUGGGUGCACAUCACUUCUUGGGUGGGUCCCUGUCGUCUGUCCCAUGACAUAUGACCAUGGUGAACAAAUGUGCAUGAGAUUC